AUGCAAGCUCCCGUGGUGUUUAUGAACACGUCGCAAGAGCGCACGACCGGCCGAGAGGCCCAGAUCUCAAAUAUCACAGCGGCGAAGGCUGUUGCGGACGUGAUCCGCACCUGUUUGGGCCCCAAGGCCAUGCUCAAGAUGCUGUUGGAUCCUAUGGGCGGUUUGGUAUUAACUAAUGAUGGACACGCAAUUCUGCGGGAAAUUGACGUUGCCCAUCCUGCUGCGAAGUCCAUGCUUGAGUUGUCGCGUACCCAGGACGAAGAAGUGGGAGAUGGUACUACUACAGUGAUUAUCUUGGCAGGUGAAAUUUUGGCACAAUGCGCCCCAUACAUUAUCGAAAAGAAUAUUCAUCCUGUGGUUGUUAUUCAGGCUCUCAAGUUGGCUUUGAGCGAUGCUCUUGCUGAGGUAGAGAGGGUAUCGAAACCAGUAGACGUUGAAAACACGUCCGCGAUGAUGAAACUUGUGGCAGCUGCCAUUGGAACCAAAUAUGUAGCUCAAUGGAGUGACCUCAUGUGCCAGCUGGCCGUUGAUGCAGUUCGUUCUGUUCGCGUGGGAACUCCGGGUGAUGCUUCCGCUCCUGUGGAGAUCGAUACCAAACGUUAUGUGCGCAUUGAAAAAGUACCCGGUGGAGAUGUUACCGAAUCCCGCGUUUUGAAAGGUGUCAUGCUUAAUAAAGACGUGGUACAUCCUAAGAUGGCUAGAUACAUUGAAAACCCACGCGUGGUUCUACUGGACUGUCCUCUUGAGUACAAGAAGGGUGAAUCUCAAACAAAUAUUGAAAUUACUCGCGAGGAAGACUGGAAUCGUAUUCUGCAGAUUGAGGAGGAGCAAGUGCGUUUAUUAUGCGAACAAAUCCUAUCUGUCAACCCAACAGUGGUCAUCACCGAGAAGGGUGUUUCAGAUCUUGCUCAACACUAUUUGCUGAAAGGUGGCUGCAGCGUUUUGAGACGUACAAAAAAAUCUGACAAUAACCGUAUUGCCCGAGUAACGGGUGCCACAAUCGUAAACAGAGUGGAAGAUAUUAAAGAAUCUGAUGUGGGUACGCAAUGUGGUACAUUCAAGGUGGAGCUGAUUGGUGACGAAUAUUUCACGUUCCUUGAUAACUGCAAAGAUCCAAAAGCUUGUACUAUAAUCUUACGCGGUGCUUCCAAAGAUAUUCUCAACGAAAUCGAAAGGAAUCUACAGGAUGCCAUGGCUGUGGCCCGCAACGUCAUGCUUUCGCCUUCGCUAUCGCCAGGAGGAGGCGCCACUGAAAUGGCUGUGUCUGUAAAACUGGCCGAGAAGGCCAAGCAACUCGAAGGUAUUCAGCAGUGGCCAUACCAGGCUGUCGCAGAUGCCAUGGAGUGUAUCCCACGUACAUUGAUCCAAAACGCAGGCGGAAACCCAAUUAGAGUGCUCUCACAGCUAAGAUCUAAACAUGCUCAGGGCAGCUCGACCGCGGGUAUUGACGGUGAUACAGGUAAAGUCACCGACAUGGUUGAAUAUGGCGUUUGGGAACCAGAGGUCAUUAAACAACAAAGCAUCAAAACGGCCAUUGAAAGUGCAUGUCUUCUCCUGAGAGUUGACGACAUCGUUAGUGGUGUAAGAAAGCAGGAGUAA